AUAGAUUCAACUACAAUUGUAUGAUUGAAUUUUGGUUUUCAACUAUACUAAACAUCGAAGUUAAGUUGAAAUUUAAUUGAAAUAUAUUUCCAACAAAUGUAUGUAUUAUUGAAUUUUAUGACUUUAUAUUCUUCGGCAUAUAGUCUUUGUCACUGAUUCGACAUUUUAAAGCGAAUACAACUUCAUAAAAGAUAAAGAAAACUAUGAUUCGGAACCGGAACAGGUUUUUAGUUGUUUGCCACUUUAUUUGUAUUGUUCACGUUACCUCGAGUCCAAGUUCAAGUGCUGCGCUGCGAUAAGGAACCAAUCCUAUAGGAACAAGCCCGUCGGCAUCGGCCAAACGACCGACGAAACUUCGAGGAAAGGAAAACAUCUCAGCAUGAGUUUUGCUAGUGUUUUGGCCCGAAAGGACCUGCCGGAUAUUAAGAGCCUCCUAGCGCGGACAUCAAGCACACGACCCUGACGAAAAGGGCCGCCCUUCGUGAGGCAGCUCGCUGUCUAAAGUGGGUAACCCAGUCGGAUUGACCUGUGAUAUGGUUUGCCCUUCCAGUGAUAUGUGCGUCGGUUGGUGUAAUCUGCUGGCAGCUGAAGAAGGUAUCAACAAAUUAUCUCGUGAGGAGCGCAAUUUUCCACCGGGAGCCCCCGAGUACAGAAAACGUCAUCGAUCUGAGGGCCUGCUGGCGUUUACCGGUGGCAAAAAAAAUAGGAAAACUACGGAUUUAAUUCCAUGGGAUUCUACGCCGUUCAAAAGGAAAUUUCAUAUCAUUUCACCACAGCAGACCGCUUUUAGGCUCUCGAAAAAAAAUGUGUUGGCCGGAAGGGCUCGAAAUGCUGCUACCUCGAAAUUUACGGAGCCGGGAACCCAGCCCAAGUGUCCGGAGCCAAGAAGUAUCAACCUGCGAGGAUCUAUCCGAGGACAGCGAUGGCAGGUUGCUGGCGAAAGUUAAAAACAGAAACGCGCGGAUCUUUGUUAAUUGUAGGUGGCAUUUAUGAUAAAAAAAUAAAUACAAAAUUUGAAAUUGAUAGAAUAAUUUUAGCAAGUGGCUAUAAUUUGAACAAUAAAUAUGAUGACUACCAAAAUAAACGUAAUUUGAUUCUACAAUAUCUAUAGUUGAACGAUUAAAAUCAAUCAUAGAAAUAUAAUGGAAUCUAUUAUAUUUACAAUUAAACCAAUU